GUGGACACUAUAAAUCCUUGAUCGAGAGAGCUAUAUCCUUUGUAGGCCGAUCCGGCUCAAAUUGAAUUAGUCGGGCUCAUUGGAUUUCCGAAUUCCAUCAUACACACUAAAAAAAAUAAAAAUAAAUGGCACUAUAUAAUAAUAAUAAUAAUAAUAAUAAUAAUAGACAUCUCACGUUGCCCUCACUGCAUGCACCACUUUUCACUCUAUAUAUAACAUCUACUACGUCUUCUUGAAAUAACACACCGCAUCCCAACGCCCCUCUGCUUGCCUUGCCUCCGCAUCUGGAUACAACCAACUUGAUACAACCUUUGAACAGCACCAGGGCAAAUGACAAACGAAAUUGCUGAAACCGAGCUAGACUCGGUUGAGAAGGUGUUUGCAGCACAGGAAGCUGUACCCUACUGGAAAGACCAGCUUACAUUCCGCUCGUUCAUUGUCGGCUUCUUGCUUACUGUACUGAUUACAUUCAUCAAGAUAAAGGUAAGCCUAAACACCGAGAUCAUCCCCUCGCUAAAUGUCUGCGGGGGGCUCCUCGGCUAUUUCUGCCUCAAGGUCUGGACGCGUUGCUCCAGGAAGCUCCCGUUUACAAGGCAGGAGAACUCUGUAAUUCAAACCUGCGUCGUUGCUGGCUCUGGAAUCGCCUUCAGUGGAGGGUUCGGGAGCUACUUGUUCGCAUUGAGCGGACGAAUAGCCGGCCAAUCGGAUGAUCCGGGUUCAAAAGAUUUCAAGAACCCAUCACUCUGGUGGAUGAUCAGCUUCCUCAUGCUCGUCAGCUUCCUUGGGCUCUUGGCGGCCAUCCCACUUAGGAAGAUAUUGAUCGUGGACUUCAAUCUAAGCUAUCCUAGCGCAACAGCCACUGGAUAUCUCAUCAAUAGUCUCCAUACUCCUCAAGGAGCCAAACUCGCCAGAAACCAAGUGAAAGAAAUGGGGAAGUACACAGCUAUCAGCUUCGGAUGGGCUAUGUUCAAAUGGCUUGGCAGCAGGGGACAAGAUUGCGGGCUCGCUGCAUUCCCGAUCUUUGGUCGCAAGGCGUACUCACUAAAGUUCUACCUUGAUUUCUCGGCCAUAUACGUUGGAGUUGGGAUGGUUUGUCCUCACAUCAUCAACAUAUCUGUGCUUCUUGGAGGGAUUCUAUCGUGGGGUCUAAUGUGGCCUCUGAUAGAAAGGAGGAAAGGAGAUUGGUACUCUGCAGACCUGCCCUCUAGUAGCAUGCGUGGGCUUCAAGCUUACAAGGUGUUUAUCCCUAUCGCGAUGAUCCUCGGAGACGGACUCUACAACUUUCUCAAGGUAGUGAGCCAGUCCUUGAUCGGACUGUACCAGCAAAAGAGGAAGAAAAACGGCCCACCUCUUCCCAUCGCCUCAGUUUACCCGAUGCCCAACCGGGCCCCGGUUGACACUGAGUGCUCUGGGCGCUCCUUCGAUGAUCAGAGGAGGACCGAGCUGUUUCUCAAAGACCGUAUCCCAACACGGUUCGCUAUAGCGGGCUAUGUAGCUGUAGCUGCAACCUCUGCAGGCAUUCUUCCGCAAAUAUUUCCACAACUAAAAUGGUAUCAUAUCUUCGUCCUGUAUACGGUUGCUCCACCCUUUGCCUUCUGCAAUGCUUACGGAUGUGGUCUCACUGACUGGUCUCUGGCCUCAACCUAUGGGAAGCUCGUUAUCUUCAUUAUAGGAGCGUGGGCUGGGCAGGCCCAUGGCGGCGUGGUUGCCGGCCUCGUUGCUUGUGGGGUCAUGAUGAACGUUGUGUCCACGGCAUCAGACUUGACACAAGACUUGAAGACUGGGUACGUGACACUAUCCUCGCCCCGUUCCUUGUUCGUAAGCCAGGUGAUUGGGACCGCAAUGGGCUGCGUGGUGUCCCCAUGCGUGUUCUGGAUCUACUACAAGGCCUUUGAUGACCUUGGGAUAGAUGGAAGCGAGUAUCCUGCGCCAAUCGCGUCAGUAUAUAGGAGCAUGGCCCAACUUGGGGUGGAUGGCUUCUCUUCCCUUCCCAGCAACUGUCUCAACCUGUGCUAUGGCUUCUUUGCUGCAGCGGCUGUGAUCAAUGGGGCCCGUGACCUUGUCGGAAAGAGAUGGUCGAGGUUCAUUCCUGUUCCAAUGGCAAUGGCAAUGCCAUUCUAUAUUGGGGCGUACUUCGCCAUCGAUAUGUGCAUCGGGAGUUUGAUCCUGCUUGUGUGGGAGAGAAUAGACAAGGCAAAGGCAAAGGCCUUCGUUCCUGCUGUUGCUUCGGGAUUGAUUUGCGGUGAAGGGAUAUGGAGCCUGCCCAGCUCGAUUAUAGCUUUUGCUGGAGCCAAGGCGCCGUUUUGCUUGAAACUCAAGUUCUAAAUUUUGUUUUGCAUAGAAUCAUGUGAAGAAAUAGAAGAGAAAUCUAUUCACCCAGAAAAA